UUUACCAUGUUGCCCAGGCUUGUCUUGAACUCCUGAGCUCAUAAAAUCCACCUGCCUCAGCCUCUCAAAGUGCUGGAGUUACAGACAUUAGCCAUUGCAGCCAAUAUUCAGACUUUUAAACUUCUAUAGUAGACUGCUCUUGGUAGGUCAGGGCAUAAAAGAAUCUGGACAUAACAUUUACAUAAUGAUUAUGGAUUAAAAAAGUAAUAAAGUCAGGGUUAUUUACAUUUCCCAUUUCUGGAGAUACUGCAAGACAGUUACCCAUUCUGGAAAAGGAGAGGAAAGAAAAAUUAGACAUAACUCUGGUGGAAGGAGGAGAGAGAAACAGAACUGGAGAGACCAAGAGAAAGAAUGUGGUCAGCAGAGGGAGACUUCUGAGGACUAUGCGAUGGGUCAGAGUCAGGAUAAUACAUGGAAGCCAGGAAACAUGAUGGAAGUCUUUGUCAUUAUUUGAGGAAUCCCCACACUUCACUUCAUAGAGAAGAAAUGCUAUCAGUUUUGUUGAUGUGGCCUAUGGAUCUUCCAUUAAUAAUGGACUGCCAUCUAUAGAAUUUCCAAUGUAAGAGCCCACUUCUGCCCUGAAAUUUAGCUGAGGCAGUCUUUCCACUUGGAAUAUAUCCCCUUUAUUUGGACCUAGGAUACUCAAAAUAAUCCCAAUACACAAGGUAAGUCACUGGCACCGAAAGGGCACAUCGAAGUAUGGAAGGGGAGUCCCAGCACGAGUCAUUUGCUGGGAUAUAUUACACCUCUGAACUCAUAUGGAAGGGAACAUUUAUGUCUUACAGAGGUUCAAGGAAAAGAGCUGGGAACAUUAGUUUCUUGAAAGUGAUGGUUCAUUUAAAGGACAUAAUUUUAUUUGGGAAUAUUUUACACAUCAUGAGCAAGGGCUACCUAAAUUACUGGAUUAUUUCAGAGAGGGCAGUUUUGCUUGUGUCUUGAUAAAUGCCAGCUCUUGAAACAACAUAUCUUGAAGAAUAGGAGAUUAAGCACAGGCUACCAAGUGAUCUCUCUUCCUAUCUCUGUGUCCUGUUCAUUUACUAAGAAGCUAAAUUUUGUUUAUUUCAGUUCAAUUGAUGCUAUAGGGGAUUUGUGAAAUAUUACCCUAAGAUUUCCAGGCUUCUUACUGAAUGAACAGAUAGGUAUCUGUCAGGCCCAUGUUAGCCACUCCUACUCCUUUGAGUUCUUGACACAAUCUUCAGAAUGAAAAAAGGAGGGUUUCCUGCUCCUUUAAGACUGUCAGGGAGUAGUGGGACCUGAACAUAGAAAGUGUGCAGCUAGUGUGGACACUGUGUUCAACACCUGCUGAUCUUCAAAAUCCGUAUAUAUAUUACUCAGUGUUCUCUGCUUGAGACUGCUGCAUCCCUGCCACAGCUUUGUGGAAGUUGUCCCGUGUUUCUCUGUUGGGUUCAGCUUCAAAGCCUUCCUUACCACCAGCAGCUUAUAAAGCUAUGGGCCGUAAUAAGAAAGACAAAAACAUUAACAACCUCAGCAGAUCAGACAAUGUGGGCAAGAGGCCCACUCUAAUGGGCAUAAAAUUAGGGAAAUGAACUGCUCACCCUUAAAGAUUCAUUCGUGCCAGGGCAGGAGCCUCUCUCAGACUGUUUGUCAGCCACAGGCUGCAGUGUGUAACUCAGCUUAGUGGAGACAGGUCCUCUACGGUUUUGCCCCUUUGUUACGGCAGAGCUACAAUCUCCACAUCUAGCACUUUCCAGCUUUUCUCCACACAGUGGCCAGAGUAUUCACUGCUGUUCUUCUCCAAGCUUAACUCUGCUCCAACCAUACUGACCGCCUUACUGCAACAAGCUGCUGCAGGGGUGAUUAUAUUUGCCCUUCUCUCUGCUUAUAAAGCUCUUUUCGUAGAUAUUUCCAUGGUGCUCCCUCUCACUCCAUUCAGGACACUUCUCCAAUGAUGUCUCGUUAGAUAGACCUUUCCUGAUUAUGCUGUCUAAAGUAGGAGAUUCCUUUCCUUCUCACUCCUCUUCCUACUCUUCUUCUCCCUUAUACUCCAAAACUCUUGUUUAUUUAUUUGUAAAGUGGCAAUAAUAUUGUCUUCAUCAUAAAGUUAUUAAAAUAAAUAUGUGAGAUACCUGUAAAUUGGCAAAUAAUAAGCCUAUAAUAAUAUGAUUUUUAAAGCUAAGUAAUAAUACCCAUAAACUGCUUAAAAUAUUUUUAUUUGAUGGUGCUAUUGUUUUUAAUAGGGCCAACAAAUUAAGAAAUCCUUUUUAGGGCAGGCAGUUAAUUUAAAUUUGUUAGAACUAGUCAGGUAUAAAGCAAGAGUGGACAAAGGGGGACUGGAGAGUGGAUACCCAAUGAUAUAAAAGCAUUCACACUCAAAAAUUAAAAAAAAAUAAAGAAAUUACAUUGGCCCUACACAACAAAUGCGAAGGCUGAAUUCUGCCUAUAGAACACAAAUUUAUGACAACUAGCAAUGCCAUGUUAGAGAAGGGACUUUAUCAUGAAAUUAACACGAGUUGGUUUAUAUCUUGUAUAUAUCUUAUAUCUUAUCUCUAUAAAUGACAUCUCCUCUUUUUCCUGUGGUUAGAACACAGGUGCCAGGCAGAAAAGCACAGGAACAAAUCUGGAGGCUAUAAUAACAUUCCACAUAAGGAAGUAUGCUAGUGUAGAUAGAAUAAAUUGAUAGCAGGGAUUAAGAGAUGUAAAUGAAUUUGAGAUACAUACUCUAGAGGGAGAAUAUGCACUACUUUUUAUAUGUCUAUAUACAGGAAUUGGUUGCAUUAUCCUUAAAUAAAAAUAUUUUUAAAAAGUCAGUGAGCUGUUAUGUUUCCUUCCCUCUGACUUCAAUUCCUUGAUUCUCUCAAUAUUAUUUUUUCUAUAAAUGUACUGUCUAAAUUAGCUAGAUCAGUUUAUGCUCCUUUGUUGAGAGAAGUUGGCAUGCUAUCAAGUGGGCUGGGCAUCCUGAGCUUCAGUUUCGUUUCUCCGAGUCGUCAAAGCUUCAAGGCUGCUGAAUAAUUUCCUUCUCCAGUUUUGUGCUUUCCUAGAUAUCCAGACAGAGCAACUACCCUCAGCUCUAGCUGAUACUACCGACACUGCAGCAGGUCAAGCAGUAUGGCAGUGACAACACGUUUGACAUGGUUGCAAGAAAAGAUUCUGCAAAAUUAUAUUGGAGAAAAGCGGCUUAGCCUUCUCUAUAAGGCUAGUGUCCAUGGAUUCUGUAAACAAGCUUUGCUUGAUAGAUGUUGUAAUCAAGGGCCUACUCUAACAGUGAUUUAUAGUGGAGAUCAUGUUAUUGGAGCUUAUUCACAAAUGAGUUACCAGCAAGGAAAGUAUGCUGCCAUCCUCCUUUUCACACUUCAAGGGACUAAAAUUUCAAAAUGUGAAACAGGACGAUGUACACCAGAAAUACUGUUUGCUGAUGAAAAUAUACAAUGUAAUUCCAUUGACUUCUGGAUAAAUGUAAGCUAUCAAAAAGUGAUUAUGAGCUUAAAGAAAAUUGAAAAUCUUGGACUUGGUCAAAAUCGUGCUAUGUCUAUUCAGGAAUGUGAAGUUUUUCGUUGUGAAGAUUUACUGGAUGAAAGAAAGAUGAAAGUGGUCACUGAGCUCAGGAAGAGCUUAUUGUCUGCCUUGAGAACUUAUGAACCAUAUGGAUCCCUGGUUCAAAAAAUACGAAUUCUGCUGCUGGGUCCAAUUGGAGCUGGGAAGUCCAGCUUUUUCAACUCAGUGAGGUCUGUUUUCCAAGGGCAUGUAACACAUCAGGCUUUUGUGGGCACUAAUACAACUGGGACAUCUGAGAAGUAUAGGACAUACUCUAUUAGAAAUGGGGAAGAUGGCAGUUCCCUGCCAUUUAUUCUCUGUGACUCACUGGGGCUGGGUGAGAAAGAAGAAGGCUUGUACGUCGAUGAUAUAGUCAGCAUCUUAAACGGUCACAUUCCUGAUAGAUACCAGUUUAAUCCCACGAAACCAAUCACAUCAAGUCAUCAUAACUACAUUGAUUCCCCAUCGCUGAAGGACAGAAUUCAUUGUGUGGCAUUUGUAUUUGAUGCCAACUCUAUUGAACACUUUUCCUCUAAGAUGAUAGCAAAGAUCAGAAGCAUUCGAAGGUUGUUAAUAAAGUAUGAUAUGGUACAUGUGGCUUUGCUCACUCACUUGGAUAACAUCGAUCUGAUUACAAAAUCUGACCUUAUAGAAAUAGACAGAUGUGGGCGUGUGAAGUUAAAGAUAGAGGAAUUCCAAAGAAAACUUGGAUUUGCUCUUCCUGACAUCUUGGUGGUUAGCAAUUAUUCCUCUGAGUGGGAGUUGGAUCCUGUAAAGGAUGUUCUAAUUCUUUCUGCUCUGAGACGAAUGCUGUGGGCUGCUGAUGACUUCUUAGAGAAUUUGCCUCUUGAGCAAACAGGGAAUCAAAAGAAGGAAAUUAUCUUAAAGCAUGAAAAAGGAAAAAAAUAGAUAUGCAAAAGAUUCACAUAUUAAUAAGUUUUACCACAUCACAGAAGAGUAAAACUCAGAAAGGAGAAAGCACAGGCCAAAGAGAAGUAACUAAGACUGAAGAGAUGUUUUAUUUACAUAUAGGAUGAAGAAACAGAACAUCGUAGUACUUGUAAAUGACUAGAAAUAGUGUGAUUUAAAAUCAUAAUUGUGAAAAACAGUAAUUUUUCUUGGAUUUAUAUUCUGUAUCUGUGAAAAAAUUAAUUUCUUAUAAAACUUGGGUCUAA